AUUGUAGUAUUAGAGUAGUAAUAUAGUAACAAUAACAAUAGUAAAAUACAGUAGGUCGUUUUUACGAUACGUAGUAGGUUGGAUAGAGAGUGCGCUGGUGAUUUUUUCGUUUGUGGUGUGUGUGUUUCCUUCUCUGUCAGUCUCCCCUCUCAUUCGGUAUGGCGUUCACACGUAAAGAUACACAGAUACAUGUUCGGCUUUCGACGUUCUCGUCCUUUUACCUUCGCCCAUCGUCGGCUCCAUAGUAAUCAGCCGGUACACAGCGCGUACGGGAGCUACGGCGUCGUUUACGUACUACACAACAUACGACAACUUUUCUUUUAUUCCGUACCUUUAUUCCUACGUACGUAAGAAUAGUAAAUACGUUCACGUAAAUUCAUUCGACAGUUCCGUCGUUGAUUCGUAUGUUGGUUCGUAUGUUGGUUUGUUCGUUUUUUUGACUUGUUCUUUAACUUAGCUAUUUGUUGGCUCGUCGUUUCUUCGCUCGUGCAUUCGAGUGGCCAUGCGAGAAAGGGAUAAAUCGGUGACGGGCGGCUGGCGGCCAUCUUCCAGAUGACUUUUUCCCCUUUCUUCCGAUAAGCGGAGUGCACUAUGCCGUGAAAGAGAAACGAACGGGUAGAAAGCGAGAGAGAGAGAGAGAGAGAGAGAGAGAGAGAGAGAGAAAGAGGGAGAAAAAAAGAAUAAGAAAGACCAUAGGAAGGAAAGAAAAGGUGAAGAAGUAAUCAUUAUGCGUUGUGACGUGCAUUAAAAGAAAAUAUCGUGCUUAUUUCAAGUACGACCAUUUAUCAAGUAGAAGAAGAAGACUAUUUAACCUUCUUAGUGUUGAACGAAUUAAAAAAAAAACGUCGGAAGUGGGAGAGAAAUAUAGAAAGGAGGAGAAACAGUCGGUCGGCGUAGGAGUCGGAGGGGCCAAGAGGAGGAAGCCAGGAAUCGAGCGAAGAAGAAGAGAGAGAGAGAGGGUGAGAGAGAGGGUGAGAGAGAGGGAGGGAGGGACAAAGAAAAGAGAAGGAGAGAAAAAACAUCGAAAAUCUUCCCUCUCCACCCUCCAUGUUCUAUUACCCUGUACAUAUUUACGCCUGUAGUUUAUUUCUACAAUCGUCAAAAGUCGUAUAACAGAUUCGACGCGGAUCAAUUAAUAAUCAGUCUCUCUUUUCAAUCGCAUUGAUUUUUUACAAAAAAUCCUCGGUAAAGUGCGCCCAAUUGAACGUACAAUUGUUGUAAUGAUUGAGAAAAGUUCGACUAUCCGUGAGUAAUUAUUACCUGCGGACAUAACCUCGAAAUUGUCCAGUGAAAACAUUUUAGUUAAGAAGAAGAGAAGAAAGAAGAGAAGAAAAAAAGGAAGGAAAAAAGAAGAGGCCAAUCAAAUUCUUCCAUAACCUCUCUCUCUCUCUUUCUCUUUCUUAUCCGUUUAUAUUUGACAACGAAUUUUGGACUUGCAUUUGUAAAAGAGCGAGAAAGCGGCGAGGUUUCACGGUUACAUUUACAACAGAAUAUCAAUAUGCAUAAUGGAAAAGGUGCAAAGAUGUAACUAUGUAAUCAGUUUUGAUAAAACCAAGAACUCAUUGGUUUGUUCUAAGAAGCUUGUGAAAAAGUGUAUUUAAAGUGUUGUAAUUUUAUACCAAAGACAACUGUGUGUUGUGACUUACUCGAACAAGAUGGAUAUCAGUGUAAUAAUGCAGUGUCGACUUUACAGAUGGAUAAACAGGGAUGACUGAAAAUUGUUGGAACUCUGGUGGUGGCGCUGGCGUCAAGAUGGAGCACUUUCAGGCCACCCUGGACCCAAGGAAGCAGGAGUUAUUGGAGGCCCGCUUUCUCGGAGCGAGGAUGUCUGCUGGGUCACAAAUUCAGAUGGCACCCCAAUCAACCGUAAACUCUGGUCAGUCGGUUCAUAGUCAAGACUCGAACAUGAGUACCGGCUCUUCGCAUAGUGAUAAGGAGGUAGAUCCAAAUACUCCAGAAAAAAUACCAAGAACUCCUUCUGAAAGGAAAAGAAAGCGUAAAGCUGAUGAUGGUGGCGGAGGGGUUCCAGGAGGGCCGGUGGGUAGCAAAGGAACCAGGUCUGUUGCAGCUUUAGAGAACAAGAAAAUCAACGAAUAUUUUUCAAAACACCAUCUUGGUAAUAGUCCCAUUCGACACGGAGGAGCAAAAAGUCCUUCUCCUCAGCAGGGAUAUCCCAUGUAUCCUCCAUCACCGCAACAACCUUUUUCACCUCAAGUAACAACGCCUAACUCCUCGGUGGCAGAAUUUUCAUCCUUGAUGCAACCACCGAGGCCUCAUCCGCAACCUCCAACUCUUCCACCACCGUCUUCGACGCAACCUGCAGGCUCAAUGGUCAGCAAGCAGGUGCAGGUAAGGCCUACCAACCUCAGUAGGACAAGCCAGGUCAGGCAAGCGAAGACUAACACCCCAAAUACAGAACUAACUUGCCAGAGGAUACAGGAAUUUGAAACUCAAGCCUCUUCGGACUUAGAACUACGUAAUAACAAAAUUGAUGAAUUAAAUAGAACAACAGAAGAACUUAGGCAUCAAAUGGCUAAUCAACAAAAACUUAUUGAGCAGCACAAAUCCCAUAUAAAUAAGUGUAUAGACGUUGUAAAGAAGUUAUUAAAAGAAAAAUCAAACAUAGAAAAAAAAGAGGCUAGGCAAAAGUGUAUGCAAAAUAGACUAAGGUUGGGACAGUUUGUGACCCAGAGGGUAGGUGCAACGUUUCAAGAAAAUUGGACGGAUGGUUACGCAUUUCAAGAAUUAGCUCGAAGACAAGAAGAAAUUGCAACUGAGCGGGAAGAAAUUGAUAGACAGAAAAAAUUAUUGCUCAAAAAGAGGCCGUCUAAUAGUGAAACGAGUAGGAAACGUAGUCAGCCGCAACCUUCCUUGCAUAAUGGAACUGAAGCUACAUUCUUAAAACCAGAUGCUGUGCCUGGUUCUUACACGUGGCAAGAGUAUUAUGAAGCUGAUGAAAUACUCAAGUUGCGGCAAAGUGCGUUGAAGAAAGAAGACGCUGAUCUGCAACUAGAAAUGGAGAAAUUAGAAAGGGAACGAAAUUUACACAUCAGAGAGUUGAAGCGUAUUCAUAACGAGGACCAAUCGCGAUUCAAUUCUCAUCCUGUAUUGAAUGAACGUUACCUUUUACUAAUGUUAUUGGGAAAAGGUGGCUUCAGUGAAGUGCAUAAGGCAUUUGACUUAAAAGAGCAACGGUAUGUUGCUUGUAAAGUGCAUCAAUUAAAUAAAGACUGGAAAGAAGAUAAAAAAGCUAAUUACAUAAAGCACGCAUUACGGGAAUACAAUAUACAUAAAGCUCUAGAUCACCCUCGUGUUGUAAAAUUGUAUGAUGUGUUUGAAAUUGACGCCAAUUCCUUUUGUACUGUCUUGGAGUAUUGUGAUGGACACGAUUUAGAUUUUUACCUCAAACAGCAUAAAACUAUACCAGAAAGGGAAGCAAGGUCGAUCGUUAUGCAAGUAGUAUCGGCAUUGAAGUACCUCAAUGAAAUAAAACCACCGGUUAUACAUUAUGAUCUAAAGCCAGGUAAUAUAUUACUCACGGAAGGUAAUGUCUGUGGAGAAAUAAAAAUUACAGACUUUGGAUUGAGUAAAGUUAUGGAUGAAGAAAAUUACAACCCUGAUCAUGGUAUGGACCUUACAUCCCAGGGUGCUGGUACUUAUUGGUACCUCCCACCAGAAUGUUUUGUCAUUGGAAAAAACCCUCCUAAAAUAUCAUCAAAAGUUGAUGUAUGGAGCGUGGGAGUUAUAUUUUACCAAUGCCUUUAUGGUAAAAAGCCAUUUGGACAUAACCAAUCGCAAGCUACAAUUUUAGAAGAAAACACAAUAUUGAAGGCCACUGAAGUUCAGUUUGCGAAUAAACCAACUGUUAGCAACGAAGCAAAAGGUUUCAUAAGAAGCUGCCUAGCGUAUAGGAAAGAAGAACGUAUAGAUGUACUGACACUAGCUAGACAUGAAUACCUGCAACCUCCUGUGCCAAAACAUGGCCGUCAAGCGAAUAGUCAGCAACAACAGCAGCAGCAACAGAUUCAACAGCAGCAGCAGAGCUCCUUUACUAUUGGCAUGUUUAGUGGUAUGAACGCGUCAAGCAGUUCGUAGUGGAAAUGGACUAAAGACGAAUAUCUUCGAUAUGCUAUUACAUGCCAAAUCUUGAGCACUGAACUGCGCACCAUCUCAUCUUAGGAAAAUAACGAUCGCUAUAACCAAUUGUAAAUACUAAACCGGAUACUAUCACCAUCACUACCACCACCUUCAUCACCGUCAUCACUAUCAUUUACCACUACCAUCACUACUACUACCAUCAUUACUACCACCACCACCACUACUACCACCACCACCACCACCACCACCAUACCGCCACAACUAUACUUACAGGUCGUCUCAUAGGACAUUGCAAGAGAGAUGCGAGACUGGUCGUCGCAAGUCCAGAAGCUUGCGUCUUUCUACAAGCCACGCUACAUUAUUCAGCAUAACAAAAAAAAUGUUGUGUUCGUAAAUAUUCAAUUGUAUUAUCGUUCCUUGUAUCAAAACAGUGGGCUGACUUGAUAAUAGUGUUUAAAAAAAAAUGGAAGGAAACAGAUAAACAUGUGAUAAGUCAUUGUGAAUUAACAAAAAGUGAAGUUUAAACUAAAGAGGAGAGUUAAAUAAGCGAAAAAGGGUUAUAUAAAAGACGAUGGGGGAAUCCAGUGGAAGUGAUAUAUAAUUACUCGGUGAAAAAGAGAAAAUAGAAAUGAGGAAUAAGAGAAGCAGGGGGCAACGAAAGAUUUAAACAAAACAAAAAAAAGAAAUAAUAAUAAUAAUAAUAAUUAAAGAAAGAAUGGAAAUAUGCAGCAAAUCGCGUCGAAAAGAGUUAUAUAGAGACUUUGCUCUUGCGGAGACGUUCCUCUCUUCUGAAGUUAAGUAUGCGUGAAUGAGUGUGAUGAAAGAUUGUUAAAUCUAGCGUGCGUGUAUAUAUUUAUACUAUAUAUAUAUAUAUACUAAUAAAUCCGAUAUAAUAUAUAUAUAUGGUGUAAAGAAAAAAAAAGGACAGCAUUGACAGUGGGAAGACAACUGUGGUGGCUCUAUCCUCGCAUGACCUCCGUGCAGCUAAGUAUUCCAUGAAUACUUGACUACACAUCAUGUUACUUUAUUCAAAUAUUAACAUUAUUACUUAUAUCAUGACUAAUAACAAUUAACAUACAUAAACACGAGGAGAUUUGGUUGGUUGUUCCUAUUCUGAAACGAGUGGGCUUUACCUAUACUGGAACGAUUAGUUUGAGAAUCGAAAGGAAAGAGAGGCGAUGACUCCCAAAGUAUAACAAACAAACAAAAAAAGAACAACAAGAAAAAAAAUCGUAUAGGAUCACGGUCCACCACUUGCACCCCCAGCCCUCCCUCCUUUCCACUUUCCGCUCAUAAAUAUAUUACAUAUUUUAAAUUCGAUGAAUUUUUUAAACUCGCGGUUAAAAAAAAGAUAGAAAAAAGAAACCAGAAAGAAACGCGUUUUUCCUUUCUAUUCGUGGACACACGCAUCUUCUCUCUCGAAAUAAUAAAUAAAUAAAUAAAUAAAUAAAUUAUUGCGGCCAUUUCUCCGUGCUAAAGAAAAAAAAUCAAUUCGUAUUUAUCGGGCAUUAAAAAAAAUGAAGAAAAAAAAAGUAAUAAUAAUAAUAAUAAUAAUAAAAAAAUUUGUAAGGUAAGAAUCGUAAUAUUAUACCGACCUGAUCAUUAUUUCUUUACUCAUAAUUUGUUUUAUAUAUGUACGUUAUAUAGAGAUAAUUAUGAAAUAGAAGACUAAGUUAUUUUAUCAAGUGCCCUUGCUUUGUAUUAUAGUCGUGUCUGUCGACAAACUGCAGCUUUGGGGAGUAAUAGAAAAGAAGUUGUUAAAAAAAUGUUGUGUAAGUUGUUGGUACAAUGUGGGCACGGUAUUGAUAUGACACAAUACCAACGUGAUUGGCAAAGUGUGGUCAGAGGAGAAUACAUUACAAGUCUGAACAGAGUCUGCUACUAGAUCCAUCGCUUAAUAUUUUAAAAGCCAAUCAAUCAACCGUUCCGCUUUCCUUUCUCCCGUACUUCUUCAAAAUAACUGAUUCCCGUUAUUAUUAAAGAAAAAAAAGACGCAUAUUUCUUAUCAAUUUCUUUUUCUUUCAAACGUGCCACCUUUUAAAAAUGGCUUUUCGUUGCAAACUAAAUUAUAUGUAAUUGAUCUAUUUGAUUAGAUAAAUCUAAUUAAUACUUAUUUUUAAUCAUUAUUUAUUAUGUAUUGCUAAUGACAUUAUUUGAAAAAAUGUAUUCAUCAUUAAUGCACUUCUUAUUACGGAUUAAUAAUAAAAGCAAGUAUCAAAAUUAAAUAAUGAUAAAAACAAUGCAUUCGUCGAAAUAUUGAAUGGUGUAUUAUAUAUUUAUUCAUUUUUCUCUUAAUCGAGAGCAUGAGAAAACUUUUUCGAAGAGAAGCCUUUUUAAAGAGAUGGCAAAAAUAUUCGCUUUUUUAUUUUCUUUUACGAGUCAAACUAAGCAAGUGGAAAUCCUAAAUUAUUCUUAAAAUAAAAAAGAAAAAUAAACGAAAAUAAAAAGAAGUCAAACAUCGUUAGGAAACAUUGAGUUUUAUAAAUUUGAUUCCUGGUAUAAACUUGUAUCGAUAAACGAAGAUUUAAAGAUAAGCGACUUACUUUACACAUCUUUUACAAAAGUCACAUUAAACGCAUUUACUCGAAUCAAUAUAUCAGAGAUAGCGUUAACAUUUUAAUGCGGAAUGAACAAUUUUGCAUUUGUAAAUAAUGAAGAAUUUUAAUGAAAAAGAAAAAAAAAUCAACGGAUAGAAAAUAAAAAAAUUAAUGAAUGACGCGUGCAUCCGUGUAAUGGAGAAAAAUUAUUAUAUAAAAACAAACUAAAAAAAAAAAAAAAA